GGCAAGAUGGCUGCGCCCAUAGCUCUCCUGCGAGGCAGACAUUUAUUCUCGUCGCUGUACGCUUGCCGGCAGUAUAGUAGCAAUUCAGCCGGCUCCAAUGCCAGCCUCCUGAAAGGACGGAUCCUUCCGUAUCUAUGCAACCGCUUCUAUGACAUUGAAGCCUUCACAGAGUUUGGCAUGAAGCUGAAAAUUUGGAAUUUGGAAAGGAAAAACAAGCACUAUAUCGAGAUCCGGGAGAAGUACGGGGAUGAUCUGGCAGCUGCUGUCUUUGCCCUGAUGCUCCGAGGAGGCAUUAGGUUCCAGGGCCAAACGGAAUGGUACCGAGAGCACAACCGAAAGCGGUAUUGUGUGGUAGUCGUACAUUACCAAGGCAUCCCCGUAGAAGCAAUUGACUUCAGCGGCUCAGUCAUCAACUACGAUGGUCUAGGCAGCCUGGUUAACCUGAAAGCACUGAAACAUCUAGAUCUCAGCCGGUGCCCCAACGUGGAUGACUGGAGCCUUAGUCGGCUGCACAUCUUCAGGGACACACUGCAGGAGCUAUCCCUCGCUGGCUGCCCCCGGGUCACUGAGAGGGGGCUGGCUUGCCUCCACCAUCUGGAAAGCCUCAGACGGCUGGAUGUCUCCGACCUCUCCGUCCCCAACAAAGGUUUAGUUCAGAUCUUGCUAGAGGAGAUGUUACCCCUGUGUGAGAUUGUCGGGAUCAGCUACAAUGACAAACUCACUCUGUGCGUCGAACCUGAUGCUCACCAAGGUCAAAUAGAGCCACCGCAGGGAGAUUCCUGCCUCCGGAAAACCAGCGAGAUCCCUAGCCCCAGAUGUGAGGCAGAUGAGUCCUUCCUGCCGGGAGAUUUGCAUCUUUACCUGUUGACGAAAAUGCAGCAAGCAAUUUUACAAGUCCGGACUGGUCCAGAGGUGCCCGAAAGCCUCCGGGAUUAG